AUGAAGGCACUCUCCAUCUCGGCUUGGGCCUCUCUGGCGGCCUGCGUCCUGGCCCUGCCAGCUCGCCAGGGCUCUUCUCCCGUGGUCGACGGACGAGCAGUCUCGCCGACUGUCGUCCUCUCCCCGUCCAACACCGUUGUUGGGCUGGCGAGCGGCAAGGUUGAAAAGUUUGCAGGUAUCCCGUUUGCGGACCCACCCACUGGGUCCCUACGACUCAAGCCCCCCAAGAAGUUGUCAACCAACCUUGGCGAUGCGUAUGAUGCAAUCAACCCAGCAGCGGCCUGCCCACAGAUGCUUGUGUCGACUGGCGAGAACCAGAGCCUGUUCCUCCAGAUCCUUGGUGAUCUUGUCACCCUGCCCAUCAUCCAGGCUGCAACAAACCAGAGCGAGGACUGCCUGACGGUCAGCGUCAUCCGCCCGGCAGGUGUGGAGGCCGGUGCGAAAUUGCCGGUUCUGUACUGGAUCUUUGGGGGCGCGUUCGAGCUUGGAUGGGCUGCCAUGUACGACGGAACAGACCUGCUUGACCAAGCCAUCAGCCAAGAUCAGCCCUACAUUUUUGUAGCGGUCAACUAUCGCGUUGCUGGAUUCGGCUUUAUGCCCGGCAAGGAGAUCCUGGCCGAUGGCUCUUCCAACCUGGGUCUUCUUGACCAGAGAUUGGCUCUGGAGUGGGUAGCUGACAACAUCGAGGCGUUUGGAGGCGACCCGACCAAGGUGACACUCUGGGGCGAGUCCGCAGGGGCUAUCAGUGUCUUUGACCAGAUGGCUCUAUACGGAGGGGAUAACACCUACAACGGCAAGCCAUUGUUCCGGGGUGCCAUCAUGGACUCUGGCAGCAUCGUACCUGCGGACCCUGUGGACUGCCCAAAGGGACAGGUCAUCUAUGACACCGUUGUGAGCGAGGGAGGCUGCUCUGGAGCGAGCGACACACUGGCGUGUCUCCGGGCUCUUCCGUACGAAAAGUUCCUGGACGCCGCCAAUUCGGUCCCAGGCUUCCUUGGAUACCAAUCCGUGGCUCUGUCAUACCUCCCAAGGCCGGAUGGCACUGUGCUCCCUGACAGCCCUGACGUGCUGGCGGCUCAAGGUCGAUACGCCGCAGUGCCCAUGAUCAACGGUGACCAAGAGGACGAGGGCACGAUAUUCACCCUCUUCACCUCGAAUUUGACGACGACUCAGGACCUGUUGGAGUACCUGGCGACUUAUUACUUCAAGAGUGCCUCGACUGCGCAAUUGACUGCCCUGCUCGAGACAUAUCCUCAGGACAUCACUCAAGGAUCGCCGUUCAGGACCGGAAUACUCAAUGAGGUGUACCCUCAAUUCAAGCGGAUAUCCGCGUUGCUCGGUGAUCUGGUCUUCACACUCUCUCGCCGGGGCUUCCUCGAGAAUACAAACGCCGCCAACCCGAGCGUGCCAUCAUGGAGCUACCUGGCAAGCUACAACUACGGAACUCCUUUCCUGGGCACAUUCCACGGGAGCGACCUGCUGCAGGUGUUCUUCGGGAUCUACGACAACUACGCUGCGAGGAGUAUACGGACAUACUACUACAACUUCUUGUACAACCUCGACCCCAACGUCGGUUACGGGAGUUACCCGAACUGGCCGCAGUGGAAAGACACCGGGAACGGGAACCAGCUCGUCCAGUUUUACGCCUUGUCGCAAAACUACCUGGCUGAUGAUUUCAGGAGUGACACCUAUGCCUUUAUCAAGGAGAAUAUCGCUUCGCUCCGGAUCUAG